CUCUCGACCCACUCUUGUAACUUCUGCAAAUGCUUGCUUCGCUACUUUGCUUCGCAAUACCCUAUAUCCUUCUGAUGAACUAUUGACUAUGAGCCCUUGGACAGCGCAGCAGAUUGUUUAUGAAUCAUUUUUUCAUGAUACACCCAUGAUGAUGCUAUUAGGAACUCAAGUAGCGUUGUUCAAGGUGUAUGGAAUUUCUUCAAUUGCAACUCUUCUAAUUCGUACUGGCGAAUUGAAGACACCCCACACAAUGAAUAAACGUCUCGCGGAUACGAGCACCUUGAUCGCCACAUUUCUUUCCAAUCCCUUGGUGGGACCUGGAUAUGAAACCCCUUCAGAUGACCCGCGUGCAGCUAUUGCUAUUGCUCGCGUAAAUUAUUUACACAGGAAAUAUCGCAUCAACAACGAUGACUAUCUGUAUAAUUUGGCGUUGUUCAUGAUUGAGCCUAUAAGGUGGACUGCACGUUUUGACUGGAGACCACAUUCGCCCCUCGAAAUUCAGGCCAUAUUUACUCUCUGGACUGAGAUCGGAAGGAGGAUGGGUAUUAAAAAUAUCUGGGCAUCGUACACGGAGAUGGAAGAGUGGGUUGAAAAUUUUGAAAAGUUGAAUAUGGUUCCUUCAACGGCAUCGGCUGAGCUGGCUCGAACUACGAUUAAUCAUUUUCUGGAGCGCAUUCCUAUACAAUCUCUACGACCACUCUUCUUUCAGCUAAUGUUAACUAUCCUGGAUACUCGUACACGGAACGCCAUGCAAUUACCUGAACCAAAUACCUGGGUGUCAGCGCUAAUACAUUGGCUUUUCAUCAUCCGAGCGUUUGUUGUUCGAAAUCUUUGCCUUCCUCGCCGAAAACCCGCAAUAUGGGUGCAGCUGGAUAACACGUACAGGCUAGAUGAAGAUGGUGUUCCGAGGAUGAGUGCUGUCUAUCAAAGACGCUCUGGUCCCUACUAUUUCCCUCAAAAGACUGGCUUUGCUUUGAGGUUGCAAAAUCUUUUCAUUUCGCUUGGGCUCAGAAGUGAGGAAAAAUCGCCUGGUAGUAAAUGGUUCAGUGAGGGAUACCGAUUGGAAGAGUUGGGUCCUAUACAGUUCAAAGAGGAUGGUCAUCAGCAAGUAAUGCAAGAAGCUGCAAUUUUACAGGGGUGUCCACUUACAGGAUUGUGGGCGAAAUAGAGGUUGUGUUUUUAGGUACAUAUAUAUCGGCCAAUGGACCAGUGACCACUUGCUAGUGCGAGGUUAAGAUCCAAGAUAAUAUUGUCACAUGAUGAGGGUAAUCAUUAAGACGAAAUUGACUCUGUAAUGAAUGGAUAACUACAAGCAAACUGGAAAAAGAAAUAUGAGAGAUUGAACAAGUAGUAGGCUCCACUGUCAUGAACUAUAUCUUGCUUGAUGAUAGCUGGUGCAGUUGAAUGGUAGACUGGGUCCAGAAUGGUUGCUUGCACAUAAGAAAACUGACCGAAUCCGGGUAGAAGAAACCUUGCAACCAGGUAAAACAGUAUGUGUAGGCAAAGGAAAUACGGUUUCUAAUUAAAGUAAUUAUGAAGUAAAAUUGGUUCAACCCGGGAUCGAAC